GCACCCAGCCGCCCCUGCAUGGAGACCUUUUUUAAGAGACACUUCCAGCGGAUGGCACCAGGCCUUGGAGAGGGGCAGCGGAGGCCCAGUGGCAUGGGGCUGCCUACGGGCAAGGCGCGGCGCCGCUCCCCCGCUGGGCAGGCCUCCUCCUCGCUAGCCCAGCGUCGCCGCUCCAGUGCACAGCUCCAGGGCUGCCUCUUGGGCUGUGGGAUGCAGGCCCGGGGCACCGGCCACCGACGCCGCUCCAGCACCACACCUCCCACCCGCAACCCCCGCUUCGUCGUGGGUGAGGUGCCCACCCCACGGCCUGCCAUGGUUGGGGCUCAGCCUCUGGGCGCACCCCUGCUGUUGGCUGGGCUUGGGGGCAUGAAUGAGGCGGAGGAGGGGGAGGAGGGGGUCCAGGAGGAGGAUAUGACAGUUGCAGCAUUGAGUACCACGAGGCAAGGCACCAAGACACCAGGGCCACCCCGACCCCAGGGCGCCCGGACCCUGCUGCCAGUGCCCUAUUGCCUGCGAGGGCGCCAAGCCUCCUCCCACCUGCUCCCUGCUGACGUGGUAUAUGACUGCGCCCUCUGGGGCCUGCAUGGUUACUAUCGCCGGCUCAGCCAGCAGCGACCCUCAGGCACCACGGCCAGCCCCGGGACACCUGCCCGCGUGUGCCCACUCUCCCGCAGGCGCCAGGUAGCCCUGCGGCGCAAGUCAGCUGGACCGCAGGCCUGGAGCGCCCUGCUUGCGAAAGCCAUCACCAAGUCAGGCCUCCAGCACCUGGCGCCCCCUCCUCCUGCUCACGGGGCCCCGUGCAGCGAGCCAGAGCGGCAGAUCCGGAGCACUGUGGAUUGGAGCGAGUCGGCGACAUAUGGGGAGCACAUCUGGUUCGAGACCAACGUUUCUGGGGACUUCUGCUAUGUCGGGGAGCAGUACUGUGUAGCUAAGAUGCUGCAGAAGUCAGUGCCCCGGAGGAAGUGUGCAGCCUGCAAGAUUGUGGUGCACAUGCCCUGCAUCGAGCAGCUGGAGAAGAUAAAUUUUCGCUGUAAGCCGUCCUUCCGUGAAUCAGGGUCCAGGAAUGUCCGUGAGCCCUCAGUCACUGGAAUGACACUUCUCCCUCGCCAGCCAACCUUUGUGCGGCACCACUGGGUACACAGGCGACGCCAGGACGGCAAGUGUCGGCACUGUGGGAAGGGCUUCCAGCAGAAGUUCACCUUCCACAGCAAGGAGAUCGUGGCCAUCAGCUGCUCCUGGUGCAAGCAAGCCUACCACAGCAAGGUGUCCUGCUUCAUGCUGCAGCGGAUUGAGGAGCCAUGCUCCCUGGGCAUCCAUGCAGCCGUGGUCAUCCCGCCCACCUGGAUCCUCCGGGCCCGCAGGCCCCAGAACACCCUCAAGGCAAGCAAGAAGAAAAAGAGAGCAUCCUUCAAGAGGAAAUCCAGCAAGAAAGGUCCCGAGGAGGGCCGCUGGAAACCCUUCAUCAUCAGGCCCACCCCGUCCCCCCUCAUGAAGCCCCUGCUGGUGUUCGUGAAUCCCAAGAGCGGGGGCAACCAGGGUGCAAAAAUCAUCCAGUCCUUUCUCUGGUAUCUCAACCCCCGACAAGUCUUUGACCUCAGCCAGGGAGGGCCCAAGGAAGCGCUGGAGAUGUACCGCAAAGUGCACAACCUGCGGAUCCUGGCCUGCGGGGGCGACGGCACGGUCGGCUGGAUCCUCUCCACCCUGGACCAGCUGCGCUUGAAACCGCCACCACCUGUCGCCAUCCUGCCCCUGGGCACUGGCAAUGACUUGGCCCGUACCCUCAACUGGGGCGGGGGCUACACGGACGAGCCCGUGUCUAAGAUUCUCUCCCACGUGGAGGAGGGGAACGUGGUACAGCUGGACCGCUGGGACCUCCGGGUGGAGCCCAACCCUGAGGCAGCGCCCGAGGAACGUGACGAGGGCGCCACCGACCGGCUGCCUCUGGACGUCUUCAACAACUACUUCAGCCUGGGCUUCGAUGCCCACGUCACCCUGGAGUUUCACGAGUCUCGAGAGGCCAACCCGGAGAAAUUCAACAGCCGCUUUCGGAACAAGAUGUUCUAUGCCGGGACAGCCUUCUCCGACUUCCUGAUGGGCAGCUCCAAGGACCUGGCCAAGCACAUUCGAGUGGUGUGUGACGGAACCGACCUGACCCCCAAGAUUCAGGACCUGAAGCCCCAGUGCGUCGUCUUCCUGAACAUCCCCAGGUACUGCGCGGGCACCAUGCCCUGGGGCCACCCUGGGGAGCACCAUGACUUUGAGCCCCAGCGGCACGACGAUGGCUACCUCGAGGUCAUCGGCUUCACCAUGACGUCCCUGGCGGCGCUGCAGGUGGGCGGCCACGGCGAGCGACUGACACAGUGCCGUGAGGUGGUGCUCACUACAUCCAAGGCCAUCCCGGUGCAGGUGGAUGGUGAGCCCUGCAAGCUGACCGCCUCACGCAUCCGCAUCGCCCUGCGCAACCAGGCCACCAUGGUGCAGAAGGCCAAGCGGCGCAGCGCCACCACCCUGCACAGCGACCAGCAGCCAGUGCCCGAGCAGCUGCGGGUGCAGGUGAGCAGGGUCAGCAUGCACGACUACGAGGCCCUGCACUACGACAAGGAGCAGCUCAAGGAGGCCUCCGUGCCGCUGGGCACCGUGGUGGUCCCCGGAGACAGCGACCUGGAGCUCUGCCGUGCACACAUCGAGAGGCUGCAGCAGGAACCCGAAGGUGCUGGAGCCCAGUCCCCAACGUGCCAGAAACUGUCCCCCAAGUGGUGCUUCCUGGAUGCCACCACCGCCAGCCGCUUCUACAGGAUCGACCGGGCCCAGGAGCACCUCAACUACGUGACUGAGAUCGCACAGGAUGAGAUUUAUAUCCUGGACCCGGAGCUGUUGGGGGCGUCGGCCCGGCCUGACCUCCCGACCCCCACUUCCCCUCUCCCCACCUCCCCCUGCUCACCCACACCCCGGUCACUACCGGGGGAUGCGGUGCCCCCUAAAGGUGAAGAGCUGGUGGAGGCUGCCAAGAGGAACGACUUCUGUAAGCUCCAGGAGCUGCACCGAGCUGGUGGCAACCUCAUGCACCGGGAUGGCCAGAGUCGCACACUCCUGCACCAUGCAGUCAGCACUGGCAGCAAGGAAGUGGUCCGCUACCUGCUGGACCACGCCCCCCAAGAGAUCCUUGAUGCUGUAGAGGAAAACGGGGAGACCUGUCUGCACCAGGCCGCAGCCCUGGGCCAGCGCACCAUCUGCCACUACAUCGUGGAGGCAGGGGCCUCGCUCAUGAAGACGGACCAGCAGGGGGACACUCCCCGGCAGCGGGCAGAGAAGGCCCAGGACACCGAGCUGGCCGCCUACCUGGAGAACCGGCAGCACUACCAGAUGAUCCAGCGGGAGGACCAAGAGACGGCUGUGUAGCUGAGGCCAAUGCCGAGGAGGGGCAGGCCCCAGUCACGGCACGAGCCUCCUCCGCGCCCACCUCACUGCCACAUUCCAGUCGGACAGCCACGGGGUGACCCAUGCUCCUGGGAAGGAGCCCCGUGCUGCCCCAGAGGAGCCACCCAAACCUGGGGCUGGACUCUGAGGAGCUGGGGCAUCUCACCUGUUCCCACGAGUCCCGGCCUGACCUGGAGGCCCGCAGGGGAGCAGAAGCCGGACUGGACCAGGCAGGCCUUUGGAGGGCAGGGCCAUGCCGCCACGGGGCGGCCCGCACCCUGGCCAGUGCCCGCCAUAGAAUUUAGGAGCCAGAGGGUGAUGGCAGAUGGGCUUGAAGCCCCAUCAGGGAGCCUUCCUAAGUCACUUGGUCCUCAAGGGCCCCAGCUCUGAGGCUCCGGGGGGUUCAGCCCUGCUGCCCUGACCCCACCCCUCCCAGGGCUUGCCCUCAGAACCUCGAGCCUGCUGUGCUCGCCUGCCUGCGGCCCUGCUUGGCACCUGCCCUAAUGUCCCUCCCCAGUCAUUUCUUGCAGGACUGUGUGGCCUGGGGGUUGGGGUGGGACUCUCGGGCGACUUGUUUACAGCUGGGUGUGACUCAGUAAAGUGGAUUUCUUUUUUUC